AGAAAUACUUUAUUUCCAGAAAUAAUUUAUUUUCAUUGCUUUUUCUUUAAGGAGGCACAUAUUGGCAAAACAUAAGUUAGCUGCACUCCUAAUGUUCUCUGGAGGUCAGUUUUUUAAAAACAGAUUAAAAUUAGCAAACUUUGAUUGAGAUCUCCUGUGCCUGUUCUUAUUCUAUCUCCUUAGAACAUUCCCUUUUGAGUUUUCUUGUUAGUCAAAUUCUGAUGUGUGAUGAACUGGUAUGGGAUGAGGAUCAUGAUAAUUCUACACCUUGAGUUUCAAAAUUAUGUUUUGGCAAUUUUGUCCAAGGAACAAAACUUCUAUGGAGAUGAAGAAAUAGAUGAUGAUGAGGAAGAAGAAGAAAUAGAAGAAGUAGAAGAAAUAGAAGAAGUAGAAGAAGUAGAGGAAGUAGAAGAAGUAGAGGAAGUAGAAGAAGCAGAAGGAAAAGAAGAAAGAGAAGGAGAUGAAACAAAAGAAAGCACAGAGAAAAAAGAGGGAAAAGAGGAAAAAAAUGAAAAAGAAAAGGAUCGUAAAUCACCUGAGGGAGAGACAAGCAGUUCUAGUAGCACUGUGGAAACUGGAGAGACAGAGGAGACUACUCAGAAAGAGACCAUCGUUCAGCAGGAGAAGGAAAGCACCGACAAUCAUGCUGUGAACAGUUCUUCAGAGAACACUGAGGACCAAAAAACUGGAGUGGGGAGAAAAAAGUUUUCCCUGUUUAAGCGAAAGCCACUGACAAACCAGAAGAAUGUAUGUAGCAGAAAGGAAGACAGCUCUGCAAAGCCACUGCAGAGUGAAGAAAAGGAAAAGGAAGAUUUAACUGGUGAAAGCAAUAAAGAUGAAAAUCAGAAUCAUACACUGGAGAAUUCCAGUGAAACUGUGACUAACCAGGACAGAAGGAUGAAAGUUAAUACAUGUACAUUGCUGUAAAACUGUUGUAAUAUAAGAGAAUGUGACAGUCUUAAAGCAUACAGUGCAAUUUUUACUUGAAAACAGGUAUGACUCGAGAUGUUGAUGGCUGCUUUUUUUUAAUUGAUUGGAUUGCUGUAAUUUUAAAUAGGCAGAUGAUUUUCUUGGUAUUUAUUGGUAAUUUUAAUAGGUCAAAAUUAUAUACUUAUCAGCACCUUGCUGGAGUUCUGUGGCCUUACCUGUUGAUGUUCUAAAGCAAAAUAUGGGGUUUUUUAAUGUGAAGAGUUGAAUACAGGCAUUUUAUGUUUUUUGCUAAAUAAUUUUCUUCUGUUUCAGUCUACAGAGUACCACUUUCAGCAUGACACUCUUGCAAAAUUAUAAUAUUCUAUAUAUUACUUGGUUUAACAACCUAGUCAAGAAUAUUUAAGGUACUCAGAAAUAUACAUCUUUCUGUUUUGACAUAGAAAAAAUAGCAGUAAAACUUUCAAGUUACCUUGUAGGCCAUUAUGGAAGAAGUUACUUGAGUAUGUGCCUAAUUUCACUCAUGGCAGCAGUCCCAGUGGAAACAGUGUAAGGAUGGAAGUAUCCUGCCAAACUGGGACAGGGAGAAAGCUUUUAUUUCUGAGAAGUGCUGAAAACCUUUGCUCCUGCUGAAAUUGGCAUAAGCUGAUGGGCCUCUCUCCUACGGGAUCAGGCCCAGGGAAAACUGGAAACCCUCAUUCUUGUUUCACUUGGAUUCUAAUCCUGUAUCCUCUAAAUAUCCACACCUUAAUGUGAAGAUUUUCUCACAGGAAAAUAAUGCAACCAGAGGUAAUGUGGCAUCAGUAUGACAGGCUGAUCAUUAUGGGGUAAAUAUUCAUGUUUUUCUCAGGCAGACAGGCUUUUCUUCAGAAGGAAACAGGAGGAGCCAAAAGUCAGUACAAAUAAAAACUGCUUAACACCACUGUAGCAUUAAGAAGCAGGAGUUCUUUAUUCAGCCUGAUGCUCAAGGGGAUAUUUCCUCUAAAAUAUUGUGCAGGCUGAGUACAGAAAAGGCUCCUGUUUAGAUACUGUAUUUUUCAUACAUAAUCAUUGAUUUUCCCAGAAGAAACAUACACAUGACAAAUAAUUUCCCUGAAAUCAAGAAUAUAUUUUCCCUCCCAUUUACACACAUUCUUCUGUCCUGGAGGUCACUCUGCUGGUCCCUGGUGGUCAGUGACCCCUCAGUGAUCCCUGACCACACAGUGAACUGGUGAAAGGGGGGACAACUGGGCUGGUUGCUUUCCAGUUCUUCCUUCAAUUUCCCCAGUUUCAGAGUUGCUUAAAUUUUAUACAAUAGGUCAGAAGUGUCCAGAAUUUAUUUAAUCCUAGGAGUUGGUUCACCUGCAUGCUUUGUCCUUUUAAGUAUGGCAGGUGCCCAGAUUCUUUCACAGGGCUUCCUCUGUGCUACCACAAUCAUCAUACUAAAAACCUGGAUGCUUGGCUCAUCCUUUGCCAGAGUUAAUUAGGAUUCUUUUGGGUCUUUUAUUUUACUUUGGGCUACUCCUGGGUUCUGCAGUGAACCUUACAUGAGGGGUUGUUCCUCCACUAUAUUUACAUAUUUUCUUAUUUUUCUGAAUGCACACGUGGUUUCUGUUCCACUUGGAUACUGUUGAGAAGAGUAAAGUGGAAAAGGAGAAAUAAAGUAAAUGGUGCCCUCAUUAAUUUAAAUAAACUUUAAUUAUUUUUUUAAGGGGAGAUCAGUCACAGAAAUUGUUACUGUAAGAACAAUUUUUUUUAAAGGUGAAAUAAUUUAGUGAGAAAUAUUACUUUAAAAUGGGAAUUACCCUCAAAUCUAACACUACAGAAGUUUAUGCAAUGGACUGUAAGCUGCUGUAUGUCUGAGCAGUUUCAGGGAUUGGUACAUUUAUCUUGUCCACAUACUUUGCUCAACGAGAAGCAGGAAUAUAUUAACCCAUUCCAAUGUCUUUUCUACAUGUCUUCAUUUUUAAUAAAAAAGAUUAAACAAAUAAAACAA